UGCGCUAAUUUCCGGCCGCUGAAGCAUACGAGAAUUUCGCCGGCCAUCGCGACACGGAAAAUCCCCUUCUCUCGUUUCCUCCUCUUCUAUUCUAAGGGUUUAGAUUCGCAUUCUAAACCCUUGCGGCCCCUGAGACGACAACAGGGGUCGUCCGGCGGGGGAUGAGGAAGCUGAAGUGAACCAUUGGGACGUUAAUCAUUUCCUCUGAGUUUUUCUUCUGAUUUUUUGUUUAUCGGUUUUAUGUAAGUUUUUUUGCGGAUUUGAGGACCUUUUUGGCGAGGAAAAUGGACGAAGAUACGGAGUAUUUCGUUGAAGUUGAGCAGGAUGAAUGCUCCAAGCCUUCGGAGAUUGAUUUCGAUUACGAGUAUGACGCCGCUCGUUUCUUCGAUUUCUCCCGCUCGGAGACAAUCUCCGAGAUCCUAGAAGCCGAGCUUUGGUUCCAAGCCUCCGGCAAUUAUCCGGCUUCUCCUUUAAUUGUCAAGUCUAAAUGCGGGAGUGGCACUUCUUUAGAAAUGAAGACAUCAGGAACAUUAAGUGAUAGUAGCAUGUCUCAAGAAACUCCAGAAUCAAAACCAAAAUCAGCACCCAAAUUAUCCAAACACAGGAUUUCAACAUUAAUGAAACCCACUGCUAGUCACCUGGCCAAGCUAAAGCAUGCUCAGAAAGUAUAUUCUACUAACAUUUGUGAAAGAUCACUGAAGGCAGUCAAUAAGUCUGAUGAUCAAUGUCUGCAAAGUUCUUCUGGAUUCGAUAAUCUAGCUACCAAACGACAAAAACUAGAGACUGGUUACUUGUGUAAGGUUUCUCAUCUGAAGCAUCAAGCUCAGAUGUUACACAAAUUAUCCAAAAAGCAGGGUGGAUCUGCUGUUUCCAAUAACUUAGUUAACUAUAAAUUAAAGGUCACUGUUCCCAAACAGCCUGAAUUGAAAACACUGCAUAGAGCGCAAAUCCGGAGAUCCAAGAGUGACUUGCCGUCAAGCGAGUAUGAAAAACAGAAAACUAAUACCCUUAAAGCACUGCCAUUGAACAAAAAAAUUCCUGAGGCUUGUCUGAAGCCCCAACCUAAGAAGAGCCAACAGAAAUUGCCAAAUUUUCGAGAAUUUCACUUGAAGACAAUGGAGAGGGCAAAGAUACAUUCCCCUGAUAAUCUUUUUCAGUUAUCAAGUCAUCAUACUGCUAAUUCUGCUGUACAAAGAACAGCCACUUACCCCAAAAGACCAAAAGCUCCAAGUCCAAUGAGGCAAGAGAAAAGUGAAAGGUCACCCCAGACCAACUCUCGCCUAUCUAAUAGGAAACUUUCAUAUGGGGAACACCAUGCUGUUGAUGUAUGUCAAAAUACCAGCGAAGAGACUACACUCAAUAGAAAAUUCGAAUCUUCAAAUAAUUUGAGACUAUUGCAGCAUCCUCCAACAGAAUUAUUUAACAAGAUGUCCCUUGUACCUGAAAUAGACACUGCUGCUGCAAUACCUCAGCCAAAAUUGCGUCUUUCUGGAAAGGGCAUGAAAGAGAACGCUCCAGAUCCCUUCCGACAUGAAUCUUUAAAAAGUGCUGGGAAACCAAACCACAGUGGAGUAGGGAGGACUACUUCCAAGAAUGUACGCCAUCCCAGCGUCAACAGAAGGUUGGGAAUUUGCUGAGGAGCAAGAAAUGUACUUUGACCCCCUCUAUGCGACAUUAAAUGAUGGAGAUCCUUGUUGCCAGGCAUUGUGUCAUCUUCUGUUCAUGAGACAUUCAAGUGUUG